UCGGAUGUCAACAAUGUAGAGCUGGGCGAAAGCAUUUCAUACGAGGGAUACAAACAGCAGAGGAGGAAGCUGCACGCUGUUUUUCAAAGAGACAAAAACGACAACAUUCACUUAAGAGCAGUCGUAACACAUAUUAGGCCUAACCACACGUUAUACGUUAUAAUACGAAAUAUUGAUGACUAUUGCUAAACACGCGCUUUCAGCAGUUUGGAGUGGGUGCUGCUGAGAACACCAUGUGGAAUCAAUCUAAUUUGUAAGAGACGGACGGAGCGCUGACGUGUAAGAAAACAGGAAAGUUAAGGGUGUGAGCGGGAUGUCUCUGGAUGAGGGGGCCCACGCCGGGUCUAGGGAGACGCCCAUGUACGUGUAUGAGUCGACGGUGCACUGUGCCAACGUGCUGCUGAGUUUGGAGGACCAGCGGCGGCUGAACAUCCUGUGUGAUGUGACGGUGGUGGUGGAGGGGACGGAGAUCAGCCACAGGGCCGUCCUGGCAGCCAGCAGCAGAUACUUCCUACAGGUGCUGCUGGGACACACACAACCCGAGCAGGAGCCACAAUCAGCCUGUCUGACAAGUGGAGAGAUCACAGCCAGGGGGUUUGCCCCGCUGCUACAGUUUGCCUACACAGCCAAACUGGUUCUGAGCAGAGAGAACAUCCAUGAGGUGAUCCGCUGUGCUGACUUCCUGGGCGUUCACAACCUAGAAGACUCCUGCUUCCGCUUUCUACAGGCCCAGCUGCAUAGCGACACGACUGAUCACAACAAUGGCCUUUGUCGCAAGGAGCUGCCGCCGUCGGCGCACACAGAUGACCUCAUCACGGAGGAGGACGGUGACGGUGGUGGUUCUGUGUCGUCCGAGACCCCCAGAGUGACGUCAUCCUCUGCGAUGAGGUGGCGACCCAAUCACUCUACCCUCAUGCCRCUCACCAGCAGCCUGACCUCUGACCUCCCACAAUGCCCCAAAUACAGGAAGUACCAGCAGGCCUGCGCCAAGCACAACGGAGAGAACAAGGACGAUGAUAGCGUCACCUCGGCCGCCUCGUCACUAUGCCAUGCCUCAGCCUCCCCAGGCCGCUCAGAGACCAGCAGCACCCACCAAGUGAUACACCCCCUCUCCCCCUCCAGAAUCAAAGAGGAGCCCCGCUCCGGGGGCGAGGGAGAGGAGAGCCCCCCAGGACUGUCAGAGGAUAGCCAGAAUGUCCUGGAGCUGGAGUGGGAGGGGAGGCCGGAGCCCUCAGCGCAUCCCCCCAGCAGAGGUUCUCCAUCUUGCCUGCACUCCUACCUCCAGAGGGGCCUCCUGGAUCUCAACAACCGAGCCAGCACCCUACCUUCCACUCCUCUCACCCAGCAGCUACUGAACAACGAACUCUCAUUAGCCCAUAACAGGGAUAGGGACAGGAACAGGGGGGCAUUUCAAGGUGAGGGUGGAAGGGACCUCAGGGCGGUGUCUGCAGGGACAGUGCAUUCGUCUGUGGAUGGCGUGACCAUGCAACCUAUGCCCUCAGACGGACUCAGCAAACAGGAAGUAGAGUUGGAUCGCCGUAGCAGCGUCAUCUUCUCCUCCGGAGUGUGCGACCGCCUGGGAACACCGUCUCAAUCCUACUGCGACCGGAAGUCUCUGGAAAAAGAUCUUUUGGAGAUCACAUCAAAAUCCCUGUGGACAGGUGUUAGUCAGUCCUUCCCCUGCCGCCAGCCUUACUCUCCCCUAUCCUCCUCCACCUCCUCUAACACCCUCACCACGGCCCUCCAGGACCCCCUGCCGACCGUGGCCUGCCGAGCGCAACCCACCACCAGCUGUCCUCUGCCCAUAAAGAUUUACCCCCGCUCCCCUCCAUGCGAGCCCCGCACACGCACCUCCAGCUCCUGCUCAUCUUUCUCCUACCUGGAGGACGUGGGCAGCGGGGACUCGCCCUCCAACAUGCCCCAGUUUGAGUUCUCCUCCUCCCCAUGCUCUGUGUCGGGCUCUGGCCUGGCUCGCUGUCUGGUGGGGGAGCAGAGGGAGCACGGUGGGAUGGUGGUGGGGGAAGCCAUCUUCUCUCAGGGCCGCACCAAGAUCAAGUGUGAACGGUCGUAUGGGGCCAACUCCACUGAUGAAUCCGGGUCCUUCUCAGAGGGAGACAGUGAGUCUGGCCCUGCCAGAGAGCCAGGUCCCGAAGUCAAACUUCCCUUCCCGGUGGAUCAGAUCACCAAUCUUCCGCGUAAUGACUUCCAGAUCAUGAUAAAGAUGCACAAACUGACCUCAGAGCAGCUGGAGUUCAUCCACGACCUCCGGCGGCGCAGUAAGAACCGCAUCGCCGCCCAGCGCUGCCGCAAGAGAAAGCUGGACUGCAUCCAGAACCUGGAGGUGGAGAUACACAGACUGGUGCAUGACAAGGACAAGCUGCUGAGUGAGAGGAACCAGCUGAAGGUGUGUAUGGGUGAGCUGUGGCAGAACCUCUCCUACCUGUCCCAGGCUGUGUCCCAGGAGGUGUGCAGGGAGGUACAGGGGAACCACGAGAAGACCAACGCUCUGCUCCCUACACACAGGUCCAGAMAUCCUACUGCCACCACCAACAGCAUCUCCAUCACGGCCAGCAUCGACCUCACCUCCAACCCAGGCUCCCCCACCUCAGAGGGCAGCCAGGUCAAGUCCCCCUGCCCCUCUGAAAGCCCCAUGGAGAGAGCCGUUGGCGCUGGGCAGAGGCGGCAGGGCAGUGGGGAGAUAGAUGUGUCUGUCCUAGGGCAGGAGGACCCUGAGUCUUCCCUGGAGCCUGGAGCGUCUCCGGGUGUGUGUAGCCCCACUGUUUCGGUGGAUUUCUCUCAGGAGAUGACUGAGAAAUGUACAACAGAAGAACAGCCCAGACAGGACUGUAACUAGCUAGCAACGGAAAAUGAAUAGCUAGUAACAGGGUGUGUUUUUAUUGUUAUUAUGACACACAUCUCUACCUUGAUAUGUAUAAAGUUUGAAGUACAUUUGUUCUCUGUGUUUUUUAAAGGAUGACACUACAGUUGUCUUAUCAGCAAUACUUUUAAACAGGUAUUUUGGAGUUAUCAAACUCCAUACAACAUUGCUCUGGCAGCUUCCCCCCUCUCUCUCUCUCUAUUUCUGUCUCUCCCUCCCUCCCUCUCUCCCAUCAUGGGAGUAAACUCAGGAAUUCCUCUGAAUGUUUAAUAAUGUUCAAUAAUGUCUCUGUAAAAAGCUAUUUCAUUUCAAAUUGUACAUCUGAAGAGUUCUUCUAUACAGCUGUGAGUAGAAUGAACUCUCAUAUGCAAAGUUUCCUUCAGUUCUAAUUUCUCACUUUCUUUUUCCUGCAUUGUUUAUGUACAUUCCUCUUUUGCCUUUAACACACAGUAGCAUCUAUGGUGAAAGAAAGGAAUCAACACACAGUAGCAUCUAUGGUGAAAGAAAGGAAUCAACACACAGUAGCAUCUAUGAUGAAAGAAAGGAAUCAACACACAGUAGCAUCUAUGGUGAAAGAAAGGAAUCAACACACAGUAGCAUCUAUGGUGAAAGAAAGGAAUCAACAUACAGUAGCAUCUAUGGUGAAAGAAAGGAAUCAACACACAGUAGCAUCUAUGAUGAAAGAAAGGAAUCAACAUACAGUAGCAUCUAUGGUGAAAGAAAGAAAGGAAUCAACAUACAGUAGCAUCUAUGGUGAAAGAAAGAAAGGAAUCAACACACAGUAGCUAAAGUGGGAAAUAGACGAAAAACAAAAAUGUAUUGCACCGUUCACCACCUUCAAGAGGUAAUCUAUCUAAUUUAUACUAACAAUGCAUUUACACUAGCAAAUGCAUUGACAUUGGCACUUAGAAAUGAAAAAUUCCCAAGCCAAGUACUUACUUAAAUUAUAUUCAACAAGUAUAAAUGGUGUCAAAGACUAUCAUUCUUAUCUAAACCAUAUUGCUCUUUUAGGGGMAGAAAUGUAUUGUCCCACAUGUGGUGAAAAUGUAAUAUUUUGUUCUGAGGUAUUUUCCAUUACAUUUAGUGUGAAUCAGAUGUAUUAAAGAAUUGGGGUGGAAGUGGAAGUCACCACAUAUUCCUGGUUUGAUAAUCCUUAAAUAUAAGAGUGCAAUUUAUCCUCUAAACUUGUCCAGUAUUCCUAAUGGUGUAUUAUCAAGUGAAAUGUUGAAUACUAAUUCAAAGAGAUGCUUAGAUAGUUGUUGGUCCAUGGUCAUGCCAAAUUAUUCCAUUGUGGAAGAUCGUUCUGUAGCAUGUGUCAUGGUUAGAUUAGUGGUUUCUUUGUUGUUUUCUCUAGGAACUUUCCAAUGUCAUAUUCUGGGAAUUUCAAUUGACAUCCUUUAGUUUUCCUCACAGUAUAAAGUACCAAUGACAGAGCUCCACAGAAUGUACUGUUACUCUGAGUACACUGAAUAUACCGAUCACCCCAUUUUGAUAUUUUUGAAUUUGAAAAAGAAAUAAAAACAUGUUCAGUUAUUUAUUUUGACAAUGUUUCUGUGGGGAUGAUUUGUUGGCACAAAAUGUAGGCCUGUACAUUUCCUAACAUUGAUUCUUGUGAUUUUUAAUGGUUGUUGUUUUUACUGACAAUUUGGAUGAAAGACAAGUCUUUUCUGUGUUUUAUGAUUCACAAUGUCCUUAUUUAGUACAAAUUAAGCAAACGUUUAAAGAGGUAAAAGUGUUUACAAAAGUCUGUGUAACAUGUUUGUGUUUUUUAAGGAUUUUUCCAUGACAAGAGACUUUGCAUCAUUGGAUUGAUAAGUUUGGGUUUUGAACUGUUUUUAAAAUGGAACAUACAAUUGUAAGUGGAUGAUGUGUUCACACAAGAUUUUAAACGUAUGUUUGACAAAUGCAGCUCCAAGUCUUGCCUUAGAGGUUUCAAAGGCCAAACUCACGUGAAAGGGAAGGGAAGGUGUCAAUUUAAAACCAUACUGUGGAAAKAUAACAUUCUGUCCAUACCAUGAAAGAAAUGACUGAUUUCAGUACAACCACAAUGUUUACUUGUUGGGGGAAAACGUAGUCGCAUUUUCUCUUAAUGUGCAUUAACAAUGUUAUUUUUCCACGGUGCAGGUUUGAUUGAAUCCCAGCCUGAGUGUAUGCAGAGGUUAUGCCUCAUGAACUUUAUGGACUCUUACACUUAUCUACCUGCAAUUCUGCAUACCUCUCAUUUUUGGUCAAGGACUGUACAGUUGGAAUAUGUUGUGUGUGGUUUUGUUUCUAUGGUUAUUAUUGUAUUUGUAGAUUUUUGGUGAGAUAUUUUUUAUGUGUAAUUUGAGUAAACUGCAAGACGAAAGAUAUCAGCUGUUUCACUUUUCCCUUUUUAGCUUUUAAUGUUCAAAUUGCCUGAGUUCGUUAUAUUGUAAAUAUUAUGUAACUGUUGUUUUUGUUAAUUUGACAUGCAAAUGUUUUGGAAGAAAACUUUUUGUCAAGACGCAAUUUCUGUUUAUGGAUUAAAACAAAUAGCAUGCGCCAA